UUUCUAUGCCACUUUUAUCGAUAAAAGUUGAAUUCAGAAUUGGACCAAUAUAUAAUAUCGUGACGUUAUUAAACAGUCAGCCGGAAUCAGUUGUAUACGCGUAUGGUGGGAGCGAACAAGUAGUGGGAAGAAUCGCAACGAAGGAAGGACGUCGUGCGCGUUUGUCGGGCAGUCGAGAAUGUCGGAUACGCCGAGCCAUGCCGCGACGAUCGCCGACUACGACUUCAUCGAUGACGAGGACGCCGGUCACGCCAGUAAAGCGUCCAGUCCAACGAACGAGUUCGAAGAGUCACUGCACGCGAUGUCUGAUAUUUACGGACAAACGCCACCAAGAACUCGUCACAGUCGCAAGAAAAGGCACACGAAGCAAAGGCUGACAGGCAGAGGUGACGGCGAUAUCAAGUCGGUUGAGAAGGAAGCUCGACCAAGGACAGCCAUUCGUAGGCGCAACACCUUGGAUACUAUUAUUUUUAACGAGAUGUGCGACAAAGCUGACAAAGAUUGCGAGAAUGAAGCAAAGGAUGAUGCGAAGGAGAGUAAUAGAAAGUACAAGAGAAGCUUGAAACUAUUGCGCGGCAAUGAAAGAGACUUGAAACUCGAUGUGGAGGCUGCUUAUAAUUACGCCGAGAAACACGAGCAUAUGGCGGUAUCGACCCCGAAUCAAAUCAAGAUCGAGACCAGAAAUAGAUUUCGUUGCUUGAAAUCCAAGCCUGUAGAUGUGGAGGAAAAGAAGUCUGUGGAGCUGGAAGUCUGUGAACAGAGUUUGCUGAUGAAUGAAGAGAAUCUAAGCGUGCAAUCACCGAGGGCACAGAGUCUCAAAGAAAGACAGAUAUUUCACGACACGUUCUCCUUCUUAAUUAAAUUGGGAAGCACAGAGCGAAAUUGUCGUCGUCAGAUGAGCCAUGAGGAAACUAGAUGGCAGAAUGAAUUGAAGGAUCUGAUAUGGUUAGAACUGCAGGCCCAUCACGCCGAUCGCAGCCCGAUGGCGCAGGAUGAGUACUUAUGCCGUCAACGCGAGGCAGUGGAAGGUUUGCUUGCGAAAAUAAUGGAGUACAGAUACGACCCCAUCGCGGGAACGUCCGAGAUGAAUUGCAUCAGCCCUGGCGAUAUUGCGAGCGAUCGACUCGCAAAUCCCAGCUCGAACGUCGAGCUAGGCGUGUGCCCAGGUUGCCUCUCUAUGUUCUGUCGCGCGUGUACGCGCGCACAAGGUGAAGCGUUGCAGCAGGUGGAAGGAUUAUUGGGCCGCUUGGAAGCUGCGGAGGCAUUGUAUCCGUCGUCCCAGGCGUUUGCCGCAAAUUAUCCGUUGUAUAAGAGCGCCGAGUUCACCGACAGGGUGAAAGCUAUGUGCCUUUGGUACAACAUGACCAAACACCAUCGGCUCAAAGUACAAAUACUGGGUAGACUGCUCAUGAUGCUGCACAGCAAAAAGAAACAGGAAGAAGUGAACGAUUCUGGCAUCAGUUCGCGAUCUUCAGACACCGUCGAUUCUAUCGAGCAACGACAAUCCAUGGUCAGGUUUGAGGUGCCUCAACAGGACGAAACUUCUAGUCCCUCCGACAGCAAUAAUAGCAAUAAUUCUUCGGUUGGGGGCUUAUCGUUCGGACAGUCACUGCCUCCCACACCUGAAACCUCGUGCUCGUACAUCGAGGAUGAGAGAAUCGAGCGGCUCGAUUUUUAUUUAGCCGAAUUCGAUCGACACGCCUACAGAAAGUAUGUUGAGGAUGUGCUGAAGACGAGAGGUCUCAGGAAGAGUCUGAAUUUCCUGGAUCGACUGCACACAUCUGUCUUGCGAAAAGCAAGAUUAACUUUAGAGAAAAAUGACUGUGAUAAUAGCACGAGUGAAGAGUACGAAGGUGACAGGGAAUUACGACGCUACGGCGUUUGGAGCUCCGAGGCGAGGGAGCUGAAUUUACCGUCGUACAGGGCAGCUUUCGUAUUUCUGUCGCGUGUGCCGUUAGACGUGGUUCAUGAAUUUCUGAGAAUGCGAUUGGAGCAGAAACCAGUGCAACCGAGCCCGUUGUCGGUCCGGCAACUGAUGCGAGAGCUCCGCGAGGGCAUCAGGAUCGCCUGUAUCCAUCGAGACAGGUUCGCCGCGCAUUCACGCGCCGCCAUCGCCAGCGACGAGACCAUUCGCGAGGGUCUGUUCGAGCAGGACGUCAAGUACUUCGACGAGAGCUUGAGAGCCGUGUUCGAGGUGUAUUUGGACUACUUGCGACAGUGGGUGGACAUGGUGCAGCACGACAGCUUCCACAAGAAUUUGAUCAUGGACGAGUGGUUGUUCGUAAAGUCGAUCGCCGGGAACAUAAGCGACGGCUUCAAGAUCGCCGGUGUGAAAUUCUGCGAGAUCGCGCGGAUAAUGAUCAAGCAAGUCAACGAAUUUCUCGUGGAACGGCCUCGCGAGAUUCGGGAAAACGCGGAAGAGAAGGAUGACGAGUUGUCAUGCAAUGAAACGUGGUUCAGAUUUCAUCUGAUGUUUGUGGGCCGUGAGUGGCAGGGAAUGUUCGUGGAGGCUCGGGAAAAAGUUGUCAAGAGCAUCAACCUGGCGAAAUGCGUGAAACGCGACAUGGAGAAGUGGCCGGACCUCGACCAGGAGCUGCAGGAGUCGUUGACUUUGCUGAAGGAUACAGCUUUGUAUCUGAGGAGUCGCAUAAUAGUGGUGAUCGAGGACUUCCAGCGGGAGGCCGACGAGGUGGAGCAGUCGUACACCGAGACCGACCAGUCGGCGGCCAUACGAUCGAGGAUCCGCGAGAAUCUCCAUCAGGCUUACAGGAUGGGUUUCGAUUAUCACAGGGAGAUGUGCGCGCUGUACGCGCGGGAAGAGAAGGCCCUCCUGGCGCGAGGUCUCGUCUCGUUCUCGCUUCUGUGGAUGGACUUCGUGACGACGCGGUGCGAGCGUGGCCGCGGCUUGAGGCCCAGAUGGGCGAAUCAGGGCCUCGAGUUUCUGAUAACGGUAUGCGAGCCGCACUACACGAAACACAUCACCGAUCGGGAGUUUGAGGAAUUGAAAGCAUGCAUGGAUCGCUGCAUAUCUCACGUGGUGGGGACCGUGUCGGUCGCGGCGUCCUCGCCAGAGGCUGAAGGAAUGAUCUUGAAAAGACUGCCCCGAUCGAGAGCUUCGUCGCCGUCUCAUUGUAGAACCGCGAGUUUCAGUCUUUCUCAGAAGCCGCGGGAAGCCGGCCUGAAGUCGCCCGAAAUAUCCGCUAGGAAGAGCGCGGUGGACGGAAGUCUCGCGGUGAUAAUAAACGCCGAGCGGGGCACGCUCAGGCACGAGAGAGUCGUCUGCGCCAUCAGCAAGGUGGAAAACGAACUUGACGAAAGGUUACGGAAUCGAGAACUCAUCGGACAGACCAUCGACAGGAAGGCGGUCGACCGAGUUCGCAUCAAGGCGAGGAGGGUUACUUUCACGUGGCAGCGUGGUAUCAAGAUAGGCCAGGGAAGAUUCGGCAAGGUGUACACCGUGGUCAACAAUCAAACCGGCGAAUUGCUGGCCAUGAAGGAGGUGCAGUUACAACCGGGCGAUCACAGAGCGAUCAGACGCGUUGCCGAGGAAUUACAGAUUUUCGAAGGGAUCCAGCAUCAACAUUUAGUUCGAUAUUACGGACUGGAGAUUCAUCGUGAGGAAAUGUUAAUUUUUAUGGAAUUUUGCGCGGAGGGUACGCUGGAAAGCUUAGUGGCGGGUAGCGGCAACGGAUUGCCGGAACCUCUGGUGAGAAAGUACACCCAUCAACUUCUCACGGCCGUGGCAUCGCUGCACUCUCACGGAAUAGUUCAUCGAGAUAUCAAAACUGCGAAUAUUUUUCUAACGGACGAAGGCAAUUGUCUGAAACUCGGCGACUUUGGCAGCGCGGUGCAAAUCAAAGCGCACACAACGAUGCCCGGGGAGCUUCAGGGCUUCGUUGGUACUCAAGCAUACAUGGCGCCCGAAGUAUUUAUGAAGUCUGAAGGCAGCGGGCACGGCAGAGCUGCCGAUAUCUGGUCUGUGGGCUGCUGUAUCGUCGAGAUGGCGAGCGGCCGACGACCCUGGUCGGAUUUCGACUCGAAUUAUCAAAUCAUGUUUAAGGUCGGAAUGGGAGAGACGCCGACACUUCCGAAGAAUCUUUCCGCGGAAGGUACAGAUCUCGUGAAAAAAUGCCUCCAGCAUGAUCCGAAGAGAAGGGCGACCGCGAAUACUCUUCUCGCGCAUUCCUUCGCGCAAGCGUACGAGGACGUCAAUGCUGAUUUAACGAUGCCGCGUUAUUGAGAAGAGGAUCUCGCUACGUUUCGUCGUUUCGUACUUGGAGCGAACACUUGAAUUUUUUGUGCUGCACACGAGAGACUUUCUCGCUCUUUCAACUGAUGUCAUUCGCGUGUAUUUCGAUCGCACUAAACGGAGAAAUAUCAUAGAAUUAUAUUGUGAUUAUAUUAUUUACGGUGUAAUUAUACAGGUCGUCCCGGAAAAUUAUCGGAUGCCAAAGAAAUCUCUUUGGGGUAAAGUCUGGGAAGUCAUUUUUAUGCCUGUUGUAUAUGUGAUUUAAGGUAGCCAUGAUAGGAUCCAAGACGUUUUAGUGAAACAAGAUUAGUUUAUCAUAGAUAAUUGCACGUACAAAGCCGGUCGGACGAUGUUUAUAAGGAAUAUAUGAGCGCAUUACAAUACGUUUUCUCUUCUCACAAUUUGCCCCAACGUACGAGUAAAUCGUGUAAUAUGUAUUUUUGUAUAUAAAAUUUACAUGUACGAAUAUUAUUCGUCUAAAUUAGAGGCGCAAUGUGGCUCCAAUUUAGAGAUUGAUACUAUAUUAUUCAAGAAGAAAUGGUUCUGCCUGAAAAGAAGUUUGCGAGCUACAAAGCUACUUGCCUGCGUAUACUCCUUAUAAAUGUAUACGGCUGGUGCGAAGAACCAGAGGAGGGUAAGAUUGUCCACAUUCCGAGGGCUGUAUUCUUGACGUAUCGGAAACUUUAUCGUCGAUUAAGACGGGCGGUCAUGUUUAGCGCGAUUAGGCAUUGAAGGUACUUUGCCGGCAGCUUUGAGCGUGUUGUCUGUCUGUAAUAUGCGAUUGCUUCGUAAACGAACAACUUGUUAUUGUGGAAUAGAUAUUCUAUUUUAAUAAAAAUAAAAACUGGGAGAGAAGAUAAACUACGACAAUUGGUGUACCGAUGGAAUUUAUUUCUGCACGAAGAAACGUACACACGCGUGAUACAACAUACUUUCGACGUGGGUCAUUUACUUAGCAGAGGUAUGCUGUGUAUGCUUUCCGCGCGAGCGGGAUGUAUUUAUCUAUCGAAUGUUUUACGCACGAGAUUAAUUCUUCCUUCAUUCCUACUCGCAUACAAUCUUUCCCGUAAGAAAAAUUAAUUUGCGAUCGAGCAUAUAUUUCGACCCAAAAUUUCUGCCAAUUAUAAAUGUAAACCAACUGGAACAAGUGAAUUUGCUCGAGAGGAUGGAAGGAACAUAUCCUGCGAAAUAUCCAAAUUAUAGAUAGACUUAUUUUUUUUACAUAUAUGAUCUCUCAUAUAUAAAUUCAAAUUCUAUCUUUACUCUCCAGUUUAUAGCUGGGUCUCUAUAUACUAGAUUUCACUUUUAUUUAUCGUUUAUAUUAUUAAUUCAUUCCCAAUUAGAUGUCGAUUUUAAUUCUCUUUUCCUCAUACAUUAUAUGAGAAAUUAAAAAUAAAAAGAGAUGUAUUUUGUGUUAUAGAAGAGAACGUUUCCAAUAUGAUACAUUGUAGAAAGAACGGAAAGUAAGAAAGACCACUAAAUUUAUGACACGAAAAAAAAAAG